AUGGCCCCCGUCACCACCUCCGUCCCUACCCAGGACCAUGUCCUCGUCCCCGAGACUCUCCUGAAGAAGCGCAAGAGCCAGGAGGCCGCUCGUGCUGAGCGUCGUGCUGAGGCCGAGGAGAAGAAGAAGGCCAACAAGGAGAAGCGUGGUGUUAUCUUCAAGCGCGCUGAGUCCUACGUCAAGGAGUACCGUGACGCAGAGCGCGAGAAGAUCCGCCUCGGCCGUGCUGCCCGCCAGGAGGGUAACUUCUUCGUUGAGGAUGAGGCCAAGCUGGUCUUCGUUGUCCGUAUCAAGGGUAUCAACAAGAUCGCUCCCAAGCCCCGCAAGAUCCUCCAGCUGCUCCGUCUGAUCCAGAUCAACAGCGGUACCUUCAUCCGCCUGAGCAAGGCUACCCAGGAGAUGCUGACCAUUGUCAACCCCUACAUUGCCUACGGUUACCCCAACCUGAAGUCCGUCCGUGAGCUUCUGUACAAGCGCGGUUACGGAAAGGUCGACAAGAUGCGCAUUCCCCUCACCGACAACCAGCUUAUCGAGGAGAACCUCGGCAAGUACGGCAUUGUCUGUAUGGAGGAUCUGAUCCACGAGAUCUACACCGUCGGCCCCAACUUCAAGCAGGCCAACAACUUCCUGUGGCCCUUCAAGCUGUCCAACCCCAACGGUGGUUUCCGCACUCGCAAGUUCAAGCACUACAUCGAGGGUGGUGACACCGGUAACCGUGAGGAGAACAUCAACGCUCUCAUCCGCCAGAUGAACUAG